AUUGAUUUAUGAUAAAUGUUUGUUGCAGGAGAAGCGAAAAACCUGCCUAGUCGUCACCAUGGGUCAGUUUCAGAACGCGACGUAUUCUGCGCACUAUCACUCGAUCAAGAAGAAAUUUUUAGAACAUCUACAAUCGAAAAAACUCUUGAUCCGUUCUUCGGCGAGGAAUUCCAGUUCGGUGUGCCGCGGCGAUUCCGCUACCUGAGCAUCUACGUGUACGACCACGACAAGUCGGAUCGCAUCAUCGGCAAAGUGGCCAUCAAACGCGACGAGCUGCAGCUCUAUCACAACAAGGACCACUGGUUCCCCAUCCGGGCCGUCAAUCCAGACACGGAAGUGCAGGGCAAAGUGCACUUGGAAGUGAAGCUGGAGCACUGUUUGGAGACACUGUCUGAGCGGCUGUGCAUCGACGUGAAGGAGUGCAGCGACCUGACUCUGAGCAACGGCUGCUGCGACCCGUUCGCAUCGGUCGCCGUGCGGCUCACCAACGGCAAAGUGGAGACCCGCCGCACCAAAGUGCGCAAGAAAUCAAACUCGCCCGUCUUCGACGAGCUUAUCACCUUCGAGUUACUGAGAGGGGGCCGAGGCACUGACACUCGUUACAAGAUAUCUCAAAGUGAGGCUGAGUGGUCAGAGAUUGUGGUGACCCUGUUCCACGACGCACCUGGCAACAAUGUGUUCCUGGGUGAAGUGAGGAUUCCACUCAUGGGCCAACAGCAGCAGCAGCAUGCUUCCUGCAAUGCUUGGUAUUUCCUGCAGCCGAGGAAGCGCGGCGUCUCCAAGUUGUCUUCACCUUCAGUGCUGGGGGCUGAGGAGAACAACAUGGGUUCACUGCGACUCAGGAUACACUACACUGCUGACCACGUAUUCCAAGCCGAACUCUACAACAAGCUUAGGGAUCUAGUGCUACAGAGUCCUGCCGUUCAGCCGAUCACAUCAAGUACCUGUUAUUUAUUAGGAGAAAUCAUUCCAAACAAGAUAGACGCGGCACAGCCACUGGUGAGGAUACUGAUGCAUCAUAACCAGGUGGUGCCUAUGAUCAAGAAGCUAGCCACCUGGGAAAUAUCCAAAGUCACUGAUGCCAACACCAUCUUCCGCGGCAACACGCUUGUCUCGAAGAUGAUGGACGAGGUGAUGAGGUUGGCAGGCCUGCACUACUUGCACGAAACGCUGCGACCCGUUCUCGACCAGGUCUUUCUAGAACGGAAACCUUGCGAGAUAGACCCGGCCAAAGUUAAGGACCGAACCACCAUACAGAGCAACCUGGCCAACCUCAAGGAGUACGUGGGCAAUAUAUUCAAGGCCAUCACCAGUUCGGCACUGCAGUGUCCCACCAUACUCUGUCAGGUGUUUCAUGAUCUGAGAGAGCUGGCAGCUGCCUAUUUUCCUGAUAACAAGGAAGUUCGGUACUCUGUAAUUUCUGGCUUCAUAUUCCUAAGGUUCUUUGCACCGGCAAUUUUGGGUCCAAGAUUAUUUGAUCUCACCAAUGAACAGAUCGACACGCAGUUGAAUCGAACAUUGACACUGAUCUCAAAAACCAUCCAGUCCCUAUGCAACCUGGUGUCGGCCAGAUCUCCCCGCUGCAACGAGGAUUACAUGAUUUCCAUGUAUCAAGCAUUUAACACUGAAACACAUAUCACUGCCGUCAGACAG